AUGAGCACCAAGUCAAUGAUUGGUAUUGCAACGGCCAGUUGCGCCUGUAUCAUUGUCAUAUCAAUGGUCGCUGUUUGUGUAAUAUUUAAUGAAAUAAACAAUUUGCAUGACGAUGUUAUGGAUGAAAUGGGCGUCUUUAGAACAGUUGCAGAUGAUACUUGGGAAAGAAUAGUAAUGCUUCACUUUGGUCCAGGUGGUCGUCGACAAGAAACAUUCUCCUCUUUGAUUAACCGAUACAAACGACAAUUCAUUCCACCACCACAUUGUCAAUGUCAAGCGCCAGAAUUAUGUCCACCGGGACCACCAGGACCACCAGGUGAUAAAGGUCUAAGAGGUAUUGAUGGACCGAUUGGCAACGAUGGUAGAGACGGUGCCAGUGGUGUAUCACUGUUAGCGACAUAUCACUUUCCUGGUGGUUGCAUAGAAUGUCCUCCGGGACGACAGGGACCACCUGGACCUAAUGGUUUAGAAGGAGAUUAUGGAGCCACAGGACGUCGUGGAUCACUUGGAAUACCGGGUAAAAGUGGACAACGUGGACCAGUUGGACCACCAGGUGAAAUGGGUGAACCAGGACCUGAUGGAGCACCUGGAAGGCCAGGAUCACCAGGAAGAGAUGGAAAGCGAGGCAUUGGACCACAAGGACCGAAAGGACCAACUGGACCAAGAGGACCACCAGGUUUGCCAGGUCCGGAUGGAAACAGAGGUGCCGAUGGUGAACCAGGAGAACAGGGAAUGGAAGGACGACGAGGAAAUGAUGGUAGAAAAGGCAAUGAUGGACGUCCUGGAGCGCUUGGUAGGCCUGGUCUACCAGGACCAGAUGCUCAUUACUGCCCAUGUCCACCACGAAGUUCAGCUUACCUAACGAAGAUACAUUGA